AUGCGGAGAUUUCUAUUUGCGUUCAGUGUUGAUUCCGGUAAGCCACAAAAUGAAUAUGAUGGCGAUGCUGAUGAUGAUGAUGAUGAUGAUGAUGAUGAUGAUGAUGAUGAUGAUGAUGAUGAUGAUGAUGAUGAUGAUGAUGAUGAUGAUGAUGAUGAUGAUGAUGAUGAUGAUGAUGAUGAUGAUGAUGAUGAUGAUGAUGAUGAUGAUGAUGAUGAUGAUGAUGAUGAUGAUGAUGAUGAUGAUGAUGAUGAUGAUGAUGAUGAUGAUGAUGAUGAUGAUGAUGAUGAUGAUGAUGAUGAUGAUGAUGAUGAUGAUGAUGAUGAUGAUGAUGAUGAUGAUGAUGAUGAUGAUGAUGAUGAUGAUGAUGAUGAUGAUGAUGAUGAUGAUGAUGAUGAUGAUGAUGAUGAUGAUGAUGAUGAUGAUGAUGAUGAUGAUGAUGAUGAUGAUGAUGAUGAUGAUGAUGAUGAUGAUGAUGAUGAUGAUGAUGAUGAUGAUGAUGAUGAUGAUGAUGAUGAUGAUGAUGAUGAUGAUGAUGAUGAUGAUGAUGAUGAUGAUGAUGCUGAUGAUGAUGAUGACGAUGAUGAUGAUGAUGAUGAUGAUGAUGAUGAUGAUGAUGAUGAUGAUGAUGAUGAUGAUGAUGAUGAUGAUGAUGAUGAUGAUGAUGAUGAUGAUGAUGAUGAUGAUGAUGAUGAUGAUGAUGAUGAUGAUGAUGAUGAUGAUGAUGAUGAUGAUGAUGAUGAUGAUGAUGAUGAUGAUGAUGAUGAUGAUGAUGAUGAUGAUGAUGAUGAUGAUGAUGAUGAUGAUGAUGAUGAUGAUGAUGAUGAUGAUGAUGAUGAUGAUGAUGAUGAUGAUGAUGAUGAUGAUGAUGAUGAUGAUGAUGAUGAUGAUGAUGAUGAUGAUGAUGAUGAUGAUGAUGAUGAUGAUGAUGAUGAUGAUGAUGAUGAUGAUGAUGAUGAUGAUGAUGAUGAUGAUGAUGAUGAUGAUGAUGAUGAUGAUGAUGAUGAUGAUGAUGAUGAUGAUGAUGAUGAUGAUGAUGAUGAUGAUGAUGAUGAUGAUGAUGAUGAUGAUGAUGAUGAUGAUGAUGAUGAUGAUGAUGAUGAUGAUGAUGAUGAUGAUGAUGAUGAUGAUGAUGAUGAUGAUGAUGAUGAUGAUGAUGAUGAUGAUGAUGAUGAUGAUGAUGAUGAUGAUGAUGAUGAUGAUGAUGAUGAUGAUGAUGAUGAUGAUGAUGAUGAUGAUGAUGAUGAUGAUGAUGAUGAUGAUGAUGAUGAUGAUGAUGAUGAUGAUGAUGAUGAUGAUGAUGAUGAUGAUGAUGAUGAUGAUGAUGAUGAUGAUGAUGAUGAUGAUGAUGAUGAUGAUGAUGAUGAUGAUGAUGAUGAUGAUGAUGAUGAUGAUGAUGAUGAUGAUGAUGAUGAUGAUGAUGAUGAUGAUGAUGAUGAUGAUGAUGAUGAUGAUGAUGAUGAUGAUGAUGAUGAUGAUGAUGAUGAUGAUGAUGAUGAUGAUGAUGAUGAUGAUGAUGAUGAUGAUGAUGAUGAUGAUGAUGAUGAUGAUGAUGAUGAUGAUGAUGAUGAUGAUGAUGAUGAUGAUGAUGAUGAUGAUGAUGAUGAUGAUGAUGAUGAUGAUGAUGAUGAUGAUGAUGAUGAUGAUGAUGAUGAUGAUGAUGAUGAUGAUGAUGAUGAUGAUGAUGAUGAUGAUGAUGAUGAUGAUGAUGAUGAUGAUGAUGAUGAUGAUGAUGAUGAUGAUGAUGAUGAUGAUGAUGAUGAUGAUGAUGAUGAUGAUGAUGAUGAUGAUGAUGAUGAUGAUGAUGAUGAUGAUGAUGAUGAUGAUGAUGAUGAUGAUGAUGAUGAUGAUGAUGAUGAUGAUGAUGAUGAUGAUGAUGAUGAUGAUGAUGAUGAUGAUGAUGAUGAUGAUGAUGAUGAUGAUGAUGAUGAUGAUGAUGAUGAUGAUGAUGAUGAUGAUGAUGAUGAUGAUGAUGAUGAUGAUGAUGAUGAUGAUGAUGAUGAUGAUGAUGAUGAUGAUGAUGAUGAUGAUGAUGAUGAUGAUGAUGAUGAUGAUGAUGAUGAUGAUGAUGAUGAUGAUGAUGAUGAUGAUGAUGAUGAUGAUGAUGAUGAUGAUGAUGAUGAUGAUGAUGAUGAUGAUGAUGAUGAUGAUGAUGAUGAUGAUGAUGAUGAUGAUGAUGAUGAUGAUGAUGAUGAUGAUGAUGAUGAUGAUGAUGAUGAUGAUGAUGAUGAUGAUGAUGAUGAUGAUGAUGAUGAUGAUGAUGAUGAUGAUGAUGAUGAUGAUGAUGAUGAUGAUGAUGAUGAUGAUGAUGAUGAUGAUGAUGAUGAUGAUGAUGAUGAUGAUGAUGAUGAUGAUGAUGAUGAUGAUGAUGAUGAUGAUGAUGAUGAUGAUGAUGAUGAUGAUGAGAUGAUGAUGAUGAUGAUGAUGAUGAUGAUGAUGAUGAUGAUGAUGAUGAUGAUGAUGAUGAUGAUGAUGAGAUGA